GUAUAAACGUCCGGCCAAUGAGGCUCCAGUUUACUGUCGUGUGGCUGUCAGCAGAGAUCCCGCGGCGGUUGGCGCGCGGAGGCAGAGCCAACAUGGAGGUGGAGAUGAUGGAGGCGGACAGCGAGCAGAGGCCGGCGGACAGCGGGCAGAAGGCGGACACGGCAGCCGGAGAGGCCGCGGGGAAAGGCUCCGGCGGCAGGUACGAGCUGCCCUGGGUGGAGAAAUACCGGCCGCUGAAGCUGAAGGAGAUCGUGGGGAACGAAGAGACGGUGAGCCGGCUGGAGGUGUUCGCCAGAGAGGGAAACGUCCCCAACAUCAUCAUCGCAGGUCAACAAAACAACACAACUGACCGUUUAAUAUCACCUCAG